AUGAAUUCUGAAGGCGUCCUCGCCAACGUCCGACACGAGAGAAUCAGAAACUAUCAUAAAUUAAAUCACAGCGAACGAAGUGAAAACGAGCAGCAGCAGAGAGAGAGAGAGAGACAGAGAGAGAGAGAGAGACAUAGAGAGAGAGAGAGAGAGAGACAGAGAGAGAGAGAGAGACAGAGAGGGAGAGAGAGAGAGAGACAGAGAGAGAGAGAGACAGAGAGAGAGAGAGAGACAGAGAGAGAGAGAGACAGAGAGAGAGAGAGACAGAGAGAGAGACAGAGACAGAGAGACAGAGAGAGAUCUACCUGUCACACACUCCCCCCCCCCCCCCGAGGCACCAGCAGCCCGUCUCAAUCUGUCACUGCUGUCAGACCCACAACGCCACCGUUGAACCAGGAAAAAGCCGAAAACACGCUGCACAGCUAA